AUGGGAUCACCCGCGCUUGACGAGUUCCUACAGCCGCUGGCCAUCGACACCCAAAAGGUGUUACAGCUCUCUCGCGAACUGGCCUCGACAUUCCGAAAACUAUCCUUCGAGUCUUUGGAGCAGUUCUUGCCGACACCCAUCUCUGAGUCCAUCUUACGACCUGCAAGCCGAGAUCACGGCCGCCUGUUUUCAUGGAUCGGCGAGCGAGUCGCCGAGGUGGUGCGCAAAGGGUGCGACCCCCUACGCAUCUCCCGACAUGAUGAGCUUCCCAUGGGCGUUACCUUCAGCUUCCCAAUGGAACAAAGGUCGCUGUCUGAGGCAAUUCUCAUGCCCAUGGGCAAAGGCUUUGCCGUCACCUCCAACCUGGAUCUGGCUGGCCACCUCAUGGCAGGUUACGCAAAGCACCGAGCACCUGAUAUGCCGCACAUCAGAAUCGCGGCCAUUGCCAACGAUGCCGUGGCCACCCUUGUGUCUUUUGUUUACCAAUACCCAGCAAAGGCUCACCAGAAAGCUGUCAUGGGCUUGAUUGUCGGCACCGGCUGCAACGCCACACUGCCCCUCAAGCUCAGCAGCCUGCAUCACAGCAAACGCCCGGCCUCCAUCAGCAUCCUGCCUGGCCAAGAGGUUGAAGAUGUCAAGAUUGCCGUCAACACGGAAUGGACCAUUAGAGGGACGGCGCCGCCGCUCCGGAAACUCGGCCUCAUCAGCCGCUGGGAUACCGAGCUGGACCAGGCCGGCGAGGUGCCAGGGUUCCAGCCGCUGGAAUACAUGACAGCCGGGCGCUAUCUUGGUGAACUGGCACGUCUCAUAUUCGUCGACUACUAUCGAACGGUUCUAAUCUUGCCAGCCGAGGCAUUGCCGAGCAAGCUUCACCAGAGAUUCGGCCUCUCGACCACCUUCCUCAGCCACCUGUACCCGGACAGCACGAAAGGCCCGAUGCUGUUGCAGGUCGAACAAGAGUUCCCACCAGAGGACCCCUCAUUUUGUUGGACGACCGAGUUGGCUCAUAUUCUUUACCGCAUCGCGAGGGCUAUUGAGCUGCGGGCAGCCGGCAUUAUUGCCGCAUCUACCGUGGGACUCCUCCGGCUUGCCGAAGAAAUACCACCGCCGGAUACUGAGAAGACAGAACUUGCGGUGGGAUACACCGGUGGUUGCAUACAGCAUUUCCACAGCUACCUAACUGAUACCCAGAGGUUCAUUGACGAAAUCCUAAGUCUAGAAUUCAGUGGUCAGUCACCAGCGAAGGUCGUCCUGGCGCCCUGCCACGACGGGGGAAUUACUGGAGCCGGCAUACUUGCACAGACGACAGAACUUGCUCAUCCGGGUGCACUCCCCGGCCCCGAGCCGACUCCCACAGCAAGCCGGUCCAGCCUUUCCCGCCGGAGAUUCCAGGAUGACGAUGGUUCAAAUUCCUCCGAAAAUGAAGACAUAGACCCCAACAAGCUCGAGCUGAUGCUCUCGCGGUCGGUCCAGUCCGCCGCCCCUUUGCUGGAGCCGGAGGCCAUCGAGCACAGCAUGCUGCGCAACACGCGCGUUCGCAGCCGCAGCCGCAGCCGGCGACGCGCCUCUACCGUAAGUCCCUACCGCAACCGGCGGCAAUCGAGCACACCGCGCGCGGGAGCCGAGCCACUGGGGGGCGAGACCAUCCCCGACGAAGAAACUCCCCUUUUGCCGACCCCGAUCGAGGAAGUGGACGAGACCGCCGACGCCGACAACAACAACCCCUACCUCGGCGGCGUCUCGGUCACGCGCUUCUGGCUGCUCUUUUCCCAGAUCAUGGCCGGCUACUUCAUCGCCUGCUUCGACAGCACCAUCAUGGCGUCGAGCCACCCGGUCAUCACGUCCUACUUUGGAAGCAGCAACUCGGCCUCGUGGCUAUCGACGGCCUUUUUGCUCACGUCGACCAGCUUCCAGCCCGUGCUGGGCAGCCUGUCGGAUGCGGUGGGACGGAAAGGGCCGUAUGUGGUGACCAUUGCCGUGUUCUUGGUUGCGACCGUGUGGUGUGCCCUGGCGGGGAGCAUGACCAGCUUCAUUGUCGCCCGCUCGGUGUGUGGGUUGGGUGCCGGGGGAAUCAUGACGCUUGGGAGUAUUAUCGUGCCAGUUGUGGUGGCCUGUCUCAUCAUCGCCAUACUCGUGGUCCCUGGCGACCUGGGUCUCGGCGGGAAGAAGAAACAAACGCUGCGAGAGGCCAUGCGGACAUUCGACUUCAAGGGCUCAAUCCUGAUGUCCACCUCUGUGACGUUUCUCAUACUGGGGCUGCCUAUCAUGCCGCUGCACCUCGUCCUCAGAUCUCCGCACAUGAAUCUCCUAUUCUCCAACCACAUCGCUGCCUUUCUCUCCAACGCCACCCUCUUCAACGUACCGCUCUUCUUCCAAGGCGUCCUCCUCACGACGGCCACAACAUCAGGCUUCCGCCUCGUCGUCUCCUCGGCCGUCGCCUCAAUUGCCGGCACCGCCACGGGCUUCCUCAUCACUUACACCCGCCGCCUCAAAUGGCCGCUCGUGCUGGGCACCUCUCUACUUCUCGUCGGCUCCCUCUGCCUAUCCUCGAUGCAGCGCGGCUGGCCCGCCCUCUUGUACAUCCUCUGCCUGUGUCCGGGCGCCGCCGGGUCCGGGUUCCAGUUCCCUGGCACCUUCAUGGCCAUUUUGAGUGUGUCGGAGCAGCGGGAGCAGGCCGUUGUGACGAGCACGCUGAUACUUUGGAGGAGCCUGGGCCAGGUUCUGGGCGUAGCGUGCAGCUCGCUUGUGGUGCAAAACGCGCUGUGGUAUUAUCUGGAGGUGUUCGUGACGGGGCCGGAGAAGGAUGGGGUUGUGAAGAGGGUGAGGCAGUCGGUGGAGGCCAUCCGGGAGCUGCCGGGGAGCUACAGGGAGCAGGUGGUGCAGAGCUAUGAGGCGGCGUUGCGGGUUACGUUUCUGUGUUGCUCGGUUGUGGCGCUGGUGAGUGUGUUGUUGAUUGUGCCGGUGAGGUUGCCGCGGUUGGGGAAGAGGUGA